AUGGCUGAUCGAGAGGUCCAAUAUCCAUCAACUUCUCAUUCCUACAAAUUGAUUAGUAUAAUUUCUAGCAGUGCUAGUUCCACGGUUUACAAGGCCAAGUAUUUGAACACUGUGGUGGCAAUCAAAAUAAUUCAUCUUGAAAAAUCGGGUUCAAAUUUGGAGAGUGGUUUACGUGAUGCAAGAGAAGUCUCACAUGAAAACAUUCUUACUGCCUACUGUUUCUUUAGAUCUAAUGAUUGUAUUUGGGUGAUAUUGCCAUUGAUGUAUUCUUUAUCAUUGAUAAAAGAUUAUUUGCCUCAUAGGUUAAACGAGCGACAGAUUGCCAUUAUUUUGAAACCAACUCUAACGGCAUUGUCUUUUCUUCACAGACAGAAUAUAUUUCACAAAAACUUGAAGCUAUCUAAUAUUUUGAUAGACUCGAAUGGAUCAGUUAAAAUCUCUGACUUUGGUACCUCGAGCUCAAGUUCCAAGUACGUAAAAAGCAAAAAGUCAGUGUUAUAUUGGAUUGCACCAGAGGCAAGAAACUCACGACGACAACGUAAUAAUGACAAUGCUAAGGCUGAUAUAUGGAGUUUUGGAAUUUGCGCAUUAGAAUUAUUUCAUGGUGGUCCUCCUAUAACUUGUCUCCCUAAUUCAAAGCCUUUGCUACAACAAAUUAGAGAAAGGAUUGAAUUACCAGAUGGGUAUGAGAAUUAUAUUACAAAUCCAAGAAAAUUGUCCGAAAAAUUCUGUGAAGUAGUGAAAAGUUGCUUGAGUCCAAAUCCUGAAAGCAGGCCCACAACCGAAGAUUUGCUAUGUUACCCAUUUUUCGAGAAUCGUAGGAAUAGUGAGGUUUGUCUCAAAAAACUGGUGAAUGAGGUUGAAGGCAAGGUUAGGGAGAUUAGUGAACCCAAUAUUACUUUGGGCAAAUUUGAUGAAACGUUAGGCUUAUUAAAAUCAAGUGGUGGAGUUGAUGAUAGAAGGGUUACCAUGCAGAUUCGAGUACCUUCUCAUGCACACACUGAGAAUAUUGAGGCUGAUGGUAUGGUUCAUAGGGCAACUAAGCGAAGUAGAGUAGUACACGCUAAUUCCACUCAGAAUAUUGAGUCUGUUGCUACAAUUGAUAGGGUUACUCAAUUUCAAACAAUCAAUGAGUCAACUCAAGCAAAUGUAGGUCCUAGUGCCAAUGGACAUGUAAAUGUGGGUAUUCAGUCUGAAAUUGUUGAACCACCCAAUGGCUCAACUCAGAAUAUUGGGACUGAUGGAACAAUUGAUAGGGUUACUCAACCUCAACAUUUUCAAACAAUCAAUGAGUCAACUCAUGUAAAUGUUGGUCCUAGUGCCAAUGGACAUGUAAAUGUGGGUAUUCAAUCUGAAAUUGCUGAACCACCCAAUGGCUCAACUCAGAAUAUUGGGAUUGAUGGAACAAUUGAUAGGGUUACUCAACCUCAACAUUUUCAAACAAUCAAUGAGUCAACUCAUGUAAAUGUAAGUCCUAGUGUCAAUGGACAUGUAAAUGAGGAUACUCAGUCUCAACUUUUUGAACCACCCAAUGGGUCAACUCAGAAUAUUGAGACUUAUGGUAUAGUUGGUAGGGUUUCUCAAUCGGUUCCUAGUGACAAUGGACAUGUAAAUGAGGGUACUCAAUCUCAACCUUUUCAACCACCCCCUGGGUCAACUCUGGAUAUUGAGACUUAUGAUACGGUUCGCAGGGCUACUCAGCGGAUUGGAGUUGGUCGUGCUAGGAUUCCUCCAUCUCGACCUUCUCAAUUACAACAUGAGCCAACUCUAGUAAUUAAGUGUCCUAGUGGCAAUGGACAGGUAAAUGAGGAGGGUCCUCACUCUCGACCUUCUAGACCAGCCACUGAGUCAACUCCGAGUCCUAGUGCCAGUGAGACCAAUGAGGCUAUUACUAUGGACUAUACUGAUGAUCUAAGUCUAAUUUUUCAAAGGAAUUGGCUGAGAAAUUGGGAUGAAAAGUUAAAGCAAAAGAUACCUGAGAUCUCUCAGCUUUCAACUAGGGUGAAAGAUAUGAAUGCCUUCCUGGAUGAUGAAAUAAGGAACAUCACAGAAUAUCGUAAUGAAAUAAGAAACGUCAUAGAACAUCAUACUAAAAUAAGGAACGCCACACAUCUAGAAGGGUUGAAAGAUUUCCUGCUUAAUCCCAAUAUCCUCUCAAGUCCUAGGCAAAUUGUGCUUGAUAGUAUGAGCUUUGGGGAAUUACUCAAUGCCUUAUUAGAUUGCAUGAAAAAGCAAAUGAAUGAGGUUGGUAAUUUAAGGAAUUUAUAUUUACCAUCAGAUUACAGUGUGUCUGAGCAAGAGCAAAUGAUGAUGAAGAGGUUGCUUCAGUCAGUGUUGACCAUGCUGCACGAGGAGGAGGACAUCAUUCAACAUUUCAAGACUCAACGUUCUUUUUAA